AUGUCGUUGCGCUGUGUGUCUUUUCCUCCUUGGUCGAUCAACUUAGCUGAUUGUUAUGCUUUGUCAAUGUUUGUGUCGUUUGAUAUAAUUACACGGAGCCUCUGUUCCCCGCCAUUCUCCAAGAAUCCGAACCACCGCCGGUCCUCCAGCACCGCCACCGUGGAAAGCGGCGCUGCUCUUCUCUCUCAGUCAAUGCUUACUUUUCUCAUGAAAAACAAACUCUUCUCUCUCCUCCUCUUCUUCUUCCUCCUCUUCGCACCAUCACCCACUUUUUCCCUCUCCUUCCCUCUCUCCAACUACGGCACUCUCCUUUCCCUAUCCCACUCGCUCGCUAUGCGAGUUGCCAACCUCCGUGCCUCACGAGGCGACUUCACGGGCUCAGCCCGUGCCCGAACUAUAGCGCACAAAAUCGAGUCAGUUCAGGGACGAGGCCUCUGCAAGUUCACUUGGAACCUCGGUUCGGACUAUCUUAAAAAUUACGCCUGGCGGGAUAUCAAUACGGUCUCAUUAACUGACCUCUCCUUUGCCGUUUCCGACCUUAACGAGUUGCUCAGGGAGCUCAACGAGUUGUCCCGAGUCGGCUCUGAUUCCGAGCGAGUCGCCUGGGUCGGCCGAAACUAUAAUAGAGUCUUCACCGUUUCCAGGUCGCUGUUUGAUAAACUCCUCAAAAUAUUUCGACAAUCGGGACCCUUUAGGGAAGUUGUUGAGACAAUGCAGAAAGAGGUGGUGGAGGGUGACUUGUUAAGGGACUGUCUUGAGUUAGGUACGAAUGACUUGAAGGGCUUGAUCCAAGUUCUGAAGGACAUGGCUGCACAGUAUACUGCCUCGACAUUUAGCAGAACUGACUUGUGAUCAUCUCAUGUUUGUGAGUUUAUGGGAGAACAAUUCAGGGUUUGAAGACACCUUUUGCUUGUGUAUGUCUAUCCUGUAGUCACUUCAAAAUGUUAUCAAAAAGCAGUUUUGGUUGUUAUUAAGACUUCUACAAAAAGCUUGGAGUAAAUGAAAUGAUCUACUUGAGUUUUAAGAUUAUGCUUGAGCUUUUGUAUUUUCACAGUUAUGAGAAUGUUAUCAGCAGAUUAUGAGUAUAAAUUCCAAGCUGUUUCAUGGAGUAGAUAACGUUGAUCAAGUCGAUUUACGUGCCCUAAUGAAUCAGUUUCUUUAUAUUCUUGCCCUUAUCAUUCAAGCAGAAGUUGUUAAGUUUAUGAAAAACAUAAAGGAGCAAAAAAGGGAAUCCAAUUUUGGAGCUUCAUGGAACAUGACUAUAAGUUUUGCAUCUGAUAUUUGGGGCACUUCACUCAUGGUUUUGAUCGAAUUUGAAGUUCUGAGUUCUUCUGAAAUGUUUAUGCCGAAUUUAAGGGCAGCAAUUUUACUGGCAUCAUCCACUCUGAAGGAAGGUUUGUCUUCUAGGAAUGAUAUAUUGGAAGUAUGCAACUCCUUAUCCUAUUUCAUGAAAUAGUCACAUAACAUUUCGGAGGGAAUUGUAGAUUUCUAGAAAUAAGUAUUAAUCUGGGAUGUGUGCAGCUAAAGAUGGCUUCCAUAGAGCUCAAUCACAGAAACCAUUUAUACAAUAGGUGUAUCUCUUACUUGGAGCUUUUAAACUGUGCCAAUAGCUUCCCAAGGCAGGGGAUGGAGUAUACUCUUGCUUAUAGGAUGAAAUUAGUACAGUGGGCAACUUUCAGAAAAUAGCAAAGGAAGAAAGCUCCAACAUUUCACAAACAAGAAAGGCGAAGGACAAUUUGGAAAUUCCUUACUGAACUGGUACAAUAAAUGGGAAAAACACAUUUCUGCAUCCAAUGAUGUCAGAAUGGCUCAAGGAGAUAAGUGUAUGCAAAGUUGGAUUCCACUCAUGCAUGAUGUAUUUUGAAGAUGAAAACCUUCUCGAGUUAUUGCGCGCGUUUUUAUCAGCAACAAAUGGUGUUUCCCUGCUCCUCAUAGCACGCUAAAGUGGCCCGGAAUCUGGAAGAACUGAACGUGUAUGAGGGACCUAUGCACAAGAUUAUUGUUAUUUUUUGACAGUUUUGUCCCCCAGCAGAAAAAAGGGUAAAGCAUCCAUCGGUGCAAGUGAAAGAGAUACGGCAACCAUUGCAGCCCUAAUUGUUGUAGAUCAAGCUUGUUGCCCUUUCUUGGAGUUUUGACCAGUUCAGCAUCUCUUUCUAAUGUUGCUCAACUACUCUGCUAGAAAUUAAUUGCACCAGCUUCAGAAAAUCCACAAUCACAUGCCCAAUAAAUGCUACAAUAGUCAAUCAUCUUAUCAUCUGUCAUAUUCUCCAUAUCUGCCAAGUAGUAAUAAUGUUCUUAAGUUGGCAUCUCUUUGUACUAUAAAUGCUCCAAAUCUGCUGAUUUGACUCUCCAGAGCGUAUAAUUUGGUGAAGUUUAUGAAUUAUAGCUGCCAAAA